AUGGGUCAAUCGUGGUCUCGUCUCCAACAAAAGAAGAACGCCAAGUCGCUGCUUGAGCUCGCGCCCAAGAAGACGCCAGGCCAGGAUGAGCCCCUUGAGGAGUUGGACCGCGGCGCCCUGCUCGCGUCUCUGAAGGCCGUCGCCGCCUAUAUCACCAAGAAGAAGGGCAACGUCACCGUCAUUGCGGUCGGCGGCGCGGUGAACACCAUCUACCUGCAGAGCCGCACGUCCACCCAUGAUGUUGACUUCUUCAACAACCGCCUGACGCCCGCCGCCUUCAAGCUCAUCGUCGAGGGGGCAGCCGCCGCCGCCAAGGCGAACCCGAAGCUCGAUGCGGAGUGGUUCAACAACCGCACUAUCCUGUUCAUCCCGCGCGACCAGCGGGAUACCCUGACGGAGCAGUCGUAUGCCCAGAACGAAAUCAUCUUCCAGGAACCCGGCCUGACCGUGUUGGCCGCGCCGUGGCAGUACGCCUUCUGCUGCAAGGUCGACCGGGUCGCCGGAGGCGGCAUCCAAGCCGCUCGGCCGUAUGAUGUGCCCGAUGCGGUGAAUUAUCUGCGCCGGUAUCUGUCACGUCAGGGAAAGACCCAGGUGCCCCUGGCGACAGUGAAGGAGUGGUUCACGCAGUACUCGCUCCGGUGGACGGCCAACUGCGAUAUCGUUGUUGCCCAGGUCAACGCUGGUUAUAAGAAGCUGUUCAAGGUGACUUACAACGCCAUUGCUUAA